CAACAUUUCAUUUCAUACAAUGUAGUGUAUAAGACGGACCAAUUUAAUCGAAUUAAUGCAAGGUGGAGAGAGAUCUAAUGGUAUAAUUGGAUAAUCUUCACAGAGCCGCAUAUAUUAGUUAUUAUGCAUACAUUUAGUAAGUUGAAGAAAGUGCCGAUGAUGCCGUACUCCAAAAACAUGAACGAGGAAGCCAAAGCCAAAGCCAGAAAACCCAAACCACCGACUUUUGUUUCCCGUUUCAGCACCACUUUCUCCGCAAUGGCUCGAAAACCCCUUCUCAAGCAAACCCUAGCCACACUCUUCCUUCUCUUCGUCCUCUACGCAAUCUUCAACGCCUUCUUCCAGCCCACCGAUUCCUCCGCCUUCGACGCCGCCGCCACCUUCUCCUCCGCCUCCUCCGUUCUCCUCUCCGGCGCAACCACCAAAUCCCCCGCCAUCAAUGUCUUCCUCUACGAUCUUCCCCGCAGGUUCACCUCCGACGUCAUCCAUCACCACGCGCUGGCGCGUGGUGGCGCCUCACGCGCCACCCCUGAUGACGACGCGGCGGCGCCCAAGUACCCCGGCCAUCAGCACAUGGCGGAGUGGUACCUCUUCGCGGAUCUCUCCCGAGCCGAGUCCGAACGCGCAGGCUCGGGCUCGCCCGUGGUUCUGGUCGCGGAUCCCGAGGAGGCGGAUUUGUUCUUCGUGCCGUUCUUCUCGUCGCUGAGUUUGAUUGUGAACCCGGUUCGACCGCCCGGGUCAAAUUCCGGUUCGGAGAAACCGGUUUACAGCGACGAGGAGAACCAGGAGGCGCUGGUGGAGUGGCUGGAGAAGCAGGAGUAUUGGAAGAGGAACAGUGGGAGGGAUCACGUGAUUGUGGCUUCGGAUCCGAAUGCGAUGUACCGGGUCAUCGAUCGGGUAAGGAACGCUGUCUUGCUGGUGUCGGAUUUUGGGAGGCUGAGACCCGACCAGGGAUCGCUGGUGAAGGAUGUGGUUGUGCCCUACUCCCACCGUAUCAGAACUUACCAGGGUGAUGCCGGUGUUGAAGAUCGUAACACCUUGUUAUUUUUUAUGGGAAACCGGUAUCGCAAAGAGGGAGGGAAAAUUCGUGAUAUACUCUUUAAAAUUCUAGAAAAUGAAAAGGAUGUCAUAAUAAAGCAUGGAGCACAAUCCAGAGAGAGUCGGCGGGCAGCUUCACAAGGAAUGCAUACAUCUAAAUUCUGUUUACAUCAUGCAGGAGAUACUCCAUCAGCCUGCCGACUGUUUGAUGCUAUAGUUAGCUUGUGCAUUCCAGUGAUUGUCAGUGAUAAUAUUGAGUUGCCUUUUGAAGAUACUAUAGACUACAGAAAGCUUGCUGUAUUUAUAGAAACUUCUUCUGCUAUAAAGCCAGGAUAUUUGGUCUCAAAAUUGAGAGCACUGACCCCAGAUAGAGUCUUGGCAUAUCAGAAAGAGCUAAAGGAGGUUAAGCGAUAUUUUGAAUACGAAGAACCUGAUGGAACGGUUAAUGAGAUUUGGCGCCAAGUUUCGAAAAAACUACCCCUGAUUAAAUUGAUGAUUAACCGUGAGAAAAGGUUGUUUGGAAAAGAAGUGGAGUGCUCUUGCGUAUGUACAAACCAGACUGCUGUUAGAACCCUAUAGCACUUAUCCCUCUAUCCAGUUUGGCAUUCCAUGAAAUCUGUGGCUCAGUUUUGUCAGGAUACAUUUCAAGGUGAUGAGUACAUUUAAAUCAGGGAUCAGGGAUAAUGAUAGUUGCGAAUAUGUUUUGUCUCAUAUUUCGCAUAUGGGUGACUUGAUGAUAAAUCUCAAUCUACUAAACAACUCAUUCCCCCAACAAAAUGCGCAUUGAGAUAUGCAAGAGAAGUUAUUUGUGUAACCAUCAGUAUCCAUUACAUUAGAAAUCCUUCCAUGUACUGUGGGGCUUGACUCAAAUCUGGUAUAUCUCGAGGCUGUGCAUAGGUUGUCACCUGCCAUGUACUACGACUAUACCGAACACGUUCUGUUGUAGAUUCCAAUAUGCCCCAAUAAGUUUUACGCAUUGAGAUCUAGACUAGGAGGGGAAAAUUACAUUAUACCGUGAUUGAAUUGUACAGGAUGAGAAUAAAGUUAUUAUUGUUAUUCUUUUACAUCAUAACUA